AUGAACGACUCGACAGAAGCGUCCCAGGUUUUGCCACUUCAUGCUAGUGUCAAAGCUGUGCUGUCCACACUGCUGUGCUUCUUUUUCCUGUACGUGAACAGUGUCAUGGUGUUUGCUUUGCUGAAAAAGCCCGUCCUGCUGCAGUCGCCUCGAUACGUCCUGUUCGGUCACUUGCUUGUCACUGACUCUCUGCAGCUGGUGGGGACCAUGCUGCUGUACGUCCUGGCUUUGACCAGGAUCAGAAUGGUCAGCUAUGUUUGCAUUACUUUUGUGCUAAUUGCAACCAGCACUGUUAAGUUGUCUCCCCUCAACCUUGCCAUUAUGUCGUUGGAGAGAUAUGUUGCUGUUUGUUUCCCACUGAGGCACCCUAACAUCGCCACGUCCAGGACGAUGGGUUUGGCCAUCGCUGUCAUAUGGACGGUGGCCUCUUUAGACUCCUUCAUGCUACUCAUUGUGUUUUUUAGUUUGGAGAACACGAGCUUCAUUUUGCAAAAGUCCUGCGUCAAAAGCGCUGUCUUCCGGCUACAAAUUUAUUUCACGUUAAACAAGAUCUUCACUGUUGUAUAUUUUGCAUUGGUGAGCGUGAUUAUCAUUUAUACAUACAUUUCAAUCAUGAUUACUGCAAAGUCGGCCUCUUCCAAUGCGAGCAAAGCCAGUAAAGCACAUAAGACAAUGCUGUUGCACCUGCUUCAGUUCUGCUUGUGUCUUACCUCCACUCUGUUUAACAUGAUAAACACGAGCGGCCUGUUGAAAAUGAAGCGAAUUGUGGCUGUGCACAUUCAGUAUGUCUUCUUUUUGUUUCUAAUUAUCCUCCCAAAGUGUUUGAGCCCACUCCUAUAUGGCCUCAGAGAUCAAACCUUCAGGCAUGUCUUUAUAAACUAUUUUACCUUCGGCUUCAAAACCAGAGUUACUCCAUCUCCUAAGUCCUGA